AGUUUACAAGCAGAACCAACAAAAACACAUUAAAAAUUACAAUUUGAAUUGUGAAAUUGAUUCGUAUUGAUUGCAACCGAAAAUAGUGAUAACUAUCCCAUAAUAUUUGGAAAAGCACCAGAAAUUGUGAUUGAUUGAUUAAACCAUGAGUAGAACAAGAUCAAGAGAGGAUCAAUUUAAUAUUCCACCCGAAAGGAAAGACGACAUUAAGAACCUUGUAGUCAUAAAACAAGGCGUCAAGUCAAUCAUACGGGAAGAAUAUCGCGACAGAGUGAUUCAGUUUUUGGAUCAUCGAAGCUACAAAAUAACACUGAUUUCGUCACUGGCAUCAUUGUUGGCGUUGUACAAAAUUCAGGAAGCCAUCGAUGAUGGGAACCAACAAUUUUUUGUACAAAACGGUAAAACAUUUUUCAUCGAGUGCUUUAACGGUGUUUUAGCCGAUAAAGUCGACAGAGAGGAACUAAUGCCGCCAGAUUUUCGUAACAUUGUCGAGGCACACUUCGGUGUAGAGAAUUUUGAAUGGCCCGAUAAAGAAUGCCUGAGAAAUGGUUUUAAUUAUUUCUACCAAGAUCACGUUCGAAAUAAUCAGACCAAUCUCAACACUCAUUGUUCAGAACAUGUUGAAUCGUUUUUCAAAUGAAACGCUGGUAUUAUAACAUGAAUAUCAAUGGCCAUCAAUACUAUGGAUCAAAAUUUGACGGCAUCGAUAUACGAAACGCAAAAGUUUACGCCACUAGUAACAAAGAUCUGACACAUGGUGAUGUAGAGAGAACAAAUAAGAUGAACAUUUUAUUGUAUGAACUGGAAAGAAUCGGUUGGCAGUGUCAAAAAGUUCAUAAUGAACAAUUGGUUCCGGUCACUGUCAAUGAGUUCGUUAAGCUUAACAUCCUAGGACAAUUGGUUCCAAUCACUGUGGAUGUUCGGUCAAAUGCAACGCCAAAUCGAAGUGUUUCAUCAAUAUUCACAACAAUGGCAUGCAUUCCGUCGCGAUGGAUUGAUAACGAACAAUCGACCGCCAAAAGUGAACAAUUUCGCACUUGUCCCGUUAUGCCGAUUCCAACUGAAAAACGUUCGAUUGGAUAUGACAGAUAUGUAUUAUUUGGCGAACACUGUACUAGGAGUGGUGCCAAGUUCUCGCAAUCCGCUGACCAAUCGAAUGAACAAAUACACACUGGACUAUUACUUGUACGGCCAUCGAGAUGAAUUGUGGAAUUUGGUUUUCGACAUGGAUAAAAUCAAACAAAUCGGCAAGCAGAAGCGGUUUCACUCGCAAAUCAUCACCAAUAGUGUUUGCGUAUCAAUAUUGUACGAGAAGCCAGCGAAGGCUUGGGUGGAAAAUUCGGAGCAGGCCACAUUUAACAACAUGACAUAUGCUAGUGCCAUCGAUCCGAACGAGAAAACGUGGGUGGCCGUGGUGCGCCGCCAUAUCAAG